AUAUAUAGGAUUGAAGAUCUCGCUGUUAAGUCUACAUGCAAAGGAUGGUUUCUUGGAGCUUCCACAAAUUUAAAAUCAUGAAGCUUCUAUUAUUGCUACUGUUGUGUGUUUUUCUAGAUAAGUCCCAAGCUGUUGAUGACUACGAUGAGGAGGUUCCUUUGGAUGUCCGUGGUCAUCGACCCAUUGACAGGAAGAGAGAAGAGCUUCCCAGCCUGAGACCCGCACCACCUCCCAUCAGUGGAGGUGGCUAUCGAGCUCGUCCAGCCCAAGCAGCUGCCUCCCAAAAGAAAACGGAAAGAAAAGCCCCUGAUGCUGGAGGCUGUCUUCAUGCUGACCCAGAACUGGGUGUAUUGUGUCCUACAGGAUGUCAGUUGCAAGAUGCUUUGAUAAAACAGGAAAGGCCAAUCCGAAACAGUGUUGAUGAGUUAAAUAACAACAUGGAGUCUGUUUCCCAGACCUCCUCUUCCACAUUUCAGUACAUGUAUUUGCUAAAAGACAUGUGGCAGAAGAGGCAGAAGCAAGUAAAAGAUAAUGAAAACGUAAUAAAUGAGUACUCUUCAGAACUGGAAAAGCAUCAAUUAUAUAUAGAUGAGACUGUGAACAGUAAUAUCCCAACUAACCUUCGUGUGCUCCGUUCAAUCCUGGAAAAUCUGAGAAGCAAAAUACAAAAAUUAGAAACUGAUGUCUCCGCUCAGAUGGAAUAUUGCCGUACCCCAUGCACUGUCAGCUGCAAUAUUCCUGUAGUGUCUGGCAAAGAAUGUGAAGAAAUUAUCAGAAAAGGAGGUGAAACCUCUGAAAUGUAUCUCAUUCAGCCUGACAGUUCUAUCAAACCAUAUAGAGUAUACUGUGAUAUGAAGACAGAAAAUGGAGGAUGGACGGUCAUUCAGAACCGUCAAGAUGGUAGUGUCGACUUUGGCAGGCAAUGGGAUCCAUAUAAACAAGGCUUUGGAAAUGUUGCAACCAAUACAGAAGGGAAAAACUACUGUGGGGUACCAGGUGAGUAUUGGCUUGGAAAUGAUAAGAUUAGCCAGCUUACCAGGAUGGGACCAACAGAACUUCUGAUUGAAAUGGAGGACUGGAAAGGAGACAAGGUAAAGGCUCACUAUGGAGGAUUCACUGUACAGAAUGAGGCCAACAAAUACCAGAUCUCAGUUAACAAAUAUAAGGGAACAGCUGGCAAUGCCCUCAUGGAUGGAGCCUCUCAGCUGGUGGGAGAAAACAGAACCAUGACCAUUCACAACGGCAUGUUCUUCAGCACGUACGACAGAGACAAUGAUGGCUGGUUGACCACAGAUUCCAGAAAACAGUGUUCUAAAGAGGAUGGCGGUGGAUGGUGGUAUAACAGAUGUCAUGCAGCCAAUCCAAAUGGCAGAUACUACUGGGGUGGACAGUACAGCUGGGACAUGGCAAAGCACGGCACAGAUGACGGAGUAGUAUGGAUGAACUGGAAGGGGUCAUGGUACUCAUUAAAGAAGAUGAGUAUGAAGAUCAGGCCCUUUUUCCCACAGCAAUAAGCCCCCAAACAAAGAUUUUUAUUCUUCCAUAUGUGACAUCAUUUUUAUAUAUUACGUUGUUGGAAUUUUCUUUCGUACAUUUUAUCCCUCUAAAACUCUCCAAUGGUUGUGAGUGUAACUUUUUGGAAAAGGUAUAGGAUAAAUGACAUUAAAAAUAACACAUAAGUUUCUUUUGUAUUUCUCAUUUAUCUUGCUCAACAAGAAGUAAAUGAAAGGAUAUUUAUGGACAGAGUCAGUGUUCAUAAUUUCAAUUCUAGUUGACAGUGAAAAGUUUCAAAUUAGGAAGAAAGAUCUUUCUCCUAGAAAACUAUGAGGCUAACUAAAAACUGAGGUUUAAAAGUCCAUUUUUAAAACAAUAUUUAUUUAUGUAGGAUCUGUAACAGAAAACUUUAAAAAAGAUUUAUUAAUUAAACAGUCUCUGUUUCAAUAA